GUACAGUGGAGUCUCUUCUUUUGCUUUAUCAUUCCUACUGUUUGUCAUGUUCACAACACCUAACAGUGUUCAUAGCUUCAAAACAUCCGGAUGGACAAAAGCUUCGGCAACAUUUUAUGGAGGCGGAGACGCAUCUGGAACUAUGGGUACUUAUAGUGGUGCAUGCGGCUAUGGAAACUUAUUCACAAAUAAGUACGGUACAAGAACAGCGGCAUUAAGCACAGCUUUAUUCAAUGAUGGUUCUGCGUGCGGACAAUGCUACAAGAUCAUGUGCGACUAUAAGUUCGAUCCAAAAUGGUGCAUCAAAGGCAUGUCAGUGACAAUCACCGCAACAAACUUUUGCCCUCCAAACCUCGCUCUACCUAAUAAUGAUGGCGGGUGGUGCAACCUUCCUCGCCAGCAUUUCGAUAUGGCUCAACCGGCUUGGCAGAAGAUCGGGAUUUACCAAGGCGGAAUCAUCCCUGUAUUGUACCAAAGAGUGCCAUGUAAAAAGCAUGGAGGAUUGAGAUUCACUAUCAAUGGAAGAGACUACUUUGAACUAGUUCUAGUGACAAAUGUGGGUGGGAGUGGAUCCAUAGAUUCAAUGUGGAUCAAAGGGACAAGCACAGGGUGGACAGCCAUGUCAAGGAAUUGGGGUGCUAAUUGGCAAUCCAGUGCACAUCUUAAUGGUCAAUCAAUUUCAUUUAAAGUGACAACUAGUGAUGCCCAAACACUGGUUUUCCCUGAUGUUGUUCCAUCUGGUUGGGCAUUUGGCCAAACAUUUUCAAGCCAUUUACAGUUCACAUGAGAGCUAGUGUUU